AUCUUACUACCUUACAAAGUGCUUUCAAUUUACCUCUUACCUACCACUUGGCAAGAUCAAAGUUGAAAUACAUUGGACGUUGAUUUGGGUCGCAUCGUCAACAGUCAACGGUGCAGUAGGAUGCAGGUAAUUGAUACCUUGGGUAGCUGAGCUGAAGACCUGCUAGGUAGCGAUGGCUCAUGGUUCCAUUGUCUCGUAAUCAUUCCCUAACAAUCCGACGAUCCGCUUCCACCAGUCACCAUUCACUCUAUUCACUAUCUACAUUAACCAAUUCACAACACCAUUCCCUUCGGGCACCGACAACUCCAACCUUUUAAUUAUCCACAUACGAACCUUUGUCGCCUGGAGUAACCUACAUAAAGAAUUAAAGAAGGGAAUCCUCUCUACCUCGGUAGACAAUACACUCCUGCGAUGUCAAUCCGAAUAUCCCUCGACGCUCCGCCCGAGUUCUACACGAAUCUCGAUAUUAUCAGCGGCCGCGUAAUCCUCGUUCUAAACCGAGCAGAAAGCAUUGGAAAUGUAAUCGUCAAGUUGGAGGGCGAAUCUCGCACCGCCCUUACCGUCCCCUCGCCUGUCGACCGAGACGAUUACUACCACGCACGUCCUCCUGGCGGGGCUAUGGGCGGCGACGUCAUCACCGAGAACCACAAGAUCUUGUAUCGUGUGUUCCAGGUCUACCCUGACGAAGGUGGCUCUAUACCCUUACAACCUGGCAUGCACGAAUUUAAAUUCAAUUUUAAGUUCCCUCUUAAUAACAUCUGCCAUGAUGAGAAGGCUAUGAGCGCGCUGCUGGGCCUCGGCGGUAUCGGCAGUAGCACCGGAUUCCGUACUAUGGACGGCACGAAGCAGCUCAUGCUACAACAUGUCAAAUCCACCUUACCUCCUUCACUCACCGGCUUUCCACAGGAAGCCGAGAUUCGAUAUUACCUAAAAGUGACCAUCCAGCGUCCGGGUUUCUUCAAAGAAAACUGGCGGUACCAAGUUGGCUUCAAAUUCCUACCUAUCGAACCCCCGCGGCCCGCCAAGACAAGCCAGGAAGCCUUCGCCCGACGACCCUUUACAUUCCGUGCGCGUGCCCCCCAGCACCAUCGCAAAUCGAUCUUCGGUAAUAGAUCACCCAGCCCUAAUGCAGAGGACCCGAACCAGAUGCCACCGAACAUCGAGAUGUCGGCGCGCCUCCCAUUCCCCAGCAUCCUAACCUGCAACAAGCCGCUGCCGCUGCGCAUAAUAGCCCGAAAGCUUGCGCCAACGACGACGCGCGAUCAGCAGGUAUAUGUGACGGCGCUCGAGAUCGCGCUGACAGGGUACACGCAAGUGCGAGUGCAGAAUCUCGAAAACACCGAGGUCACCACGUUCCCAAUAUUCAGCGCCCCGCGCCUCUCGCCCCCGAUCGCGCUCUUCAGCUCACCCUCCGACCCCGUCGACACCGAGUUCGAGAUCCCGCAGUCGCUAUGGGCAGAUCGGAGACUCCCGAAUACAGUGGCACCAUCCUUCAGGACGUGUAAUCUAAUGAGACGGUACGAUAUCCAGAUGAAGAUAACGCUGAGUUGGGGCAUGCAACCACCCGGAUCCUCAAUCUCCCUAGCGCCCGGCAGACAGCCUAUCGCGCAGACCAUAACAUUACCCCUGAAACUCUCCAACGUCGAGGUCUUCUCAGGCAUUGCGCCGCCGCCAGAACUCCUCAACUCCGUCAGCCACGGCACCAAUGGCAAUAUCGUAGGCGGCACCGGUGUCGCCCACAACUUCGGCGUCCAGAAUCCCCGCCCGCCCCAACUCCCCCACAGACACAACCCACCAAAUCUGCUUCCUCCCCAGGCCGCCCAACAGCAAGGCCCGCAGCAGCAGAGACCCCCUCACGACCCAUUGUACCCCCCGCAGCUGGGAACGCCCGCCAACGCUAUGUUCGACGACGCGCCGCCUAGCUACGACGAGGCGAUGGCGGAUCAGCUCGCGGGCCCCGCAGCUAGACCUGCGUAUAGUGGUGUCACGGCGGAGAAUGCGCCUAGUACUAUGCCUGCGCAGAAGUCUUGAUCGGGAUUGGUUUACACUGCGCGUGGGAAUAAUGGGAUCGGUGUAUAUUACUAGGCUGUGAUGGAUGGAAAGGUGAACGGUUCCAACGAGAUAAGUCGAAGUUGGGUUGACAUAGGGAGAAAGAGAGAGAGAGGCAUAGCUGAUGAUACCCCCUCGGGCUGGCUGGCUAGCAUUGCGUUUUUUAAAAAGGCCGGUGUUACCUAAUGUUGGCGUUAUGGAAAUGGGUGCUUCCGACGUUUUAUUGGUUGGAUAGGUAGGUAGUUAUUGUAGAUAUAACCAGACGCAUGGAGGGUUAGGGUUAGGUUGGGGGAAGGGGUGUAUAAAGUCGGUACUUAAUUACUAAAAUAAUUACUUGUUCCUCCGGUUGGUUUGAUGAUUGGCGUAGACACGUCACGAAAUCGGUAGAU